UCGCCAAAGCACUUUGCGGUUCUAUGAAAAAUCUUUUCAUAUUGUUGGCGCGAUGCUCUGUAAACUAUAGACAAUUGUUUAAUCUGUCAGCAAAAGACUUAGCCAGCAAACAAUACACUGAUUUAUUCACAGGAAAACAAAAAGUAAAGAAAGCAUAAUUUACCGUCUGAUAAGUCGCUCGAACCGAAUCGGCUACACACACACGUUUCCCGUUAGAGAUGUCCCUAAACGAUGUCGCUAUGUUUUUCUUACUUUGGACGGUGCGUCUUGAAAGCGAAGCUGUAAAAACUCGGGUCUUGAUAGGGGGGAUUUUUCCACCUGGAACCACUGAAUCGCUGGAGAUAGAGGCGUUUAAGUUGGCGGUUGAUUCUGCAAACAAAGAUUCCAGUUUGCUGAGAGAUGCAACGAUAACUGGGUUAGUGGAAACGGCAGAGUCUGUGGACGAAUUUUCAAAUAUGGAGAAAGCGAUUGGUUUGGUUCAAAGAGGAGCCAUAGCUAUCGUAGGACCCAAGAACUCGCUCGACUUUGAAGCAACACAAAGACUAUGUCAACAACUUGAUGUCCCUCAAGUCGCCAUCCAGGUCAGCGGUCUCAGCUCCUUCAUCAACCCUUGCAACAACGAGUAUGUCUUACGCAUGACCCCUGCUGACUUACCGCAGCUCAUAGGCAUCGUGGCGUUUAUAAAGCACUUCGGAUGGAAAAGAGUAGCUGUGAUUGCUUCUUCUGACAAAUCAGCAAGGGAAGGUAUUCAAGACUUCGUAAACAACCUCAGAGAAAAUGAGAUCACUCUGACAUAUGCAGAAUAUUUCCGCGUAGCAUCCACGGAAGACUCCGACGAGUAUAUAAACCCGAAUCUUGAACCGAUACUGAACAGAGUAAAACGUAGUAACGCAAGGGUUAUUGUGUUAAAGUGCGGCGCUGAGCAAGUCACGAAUGUACUGAAACAAGCGUGGAAACUGGGACUGACUGAGAACUUUGCUUGGGUCUUAACGGAUUCUGCAGUUAGCGAGAAACACAUUUUGCCGAAUGGGUCCUUCCCAGUGUACAUGAGAGGGCUCAUUGGAUUUCGUCAAAGUGUUGGAAGUGGCUUUCAUAAUGAACACGUCAGGUUACUAUGGAAACAGUCUGGUAAUACAGAAGGGAUCACGGCUUCCGUGGGUCGCGUGUUUGAUGCAGUGCGUGUCCUGGCCAGUGGUAUACAAAUGGCAAUAGACAGUAGAUUACCGCUGAGCAACCAUUUGCCGGCUCAAAACGUUUGCAAUGCGACAGUUGGCAAGACGUCUGAUGACAGAGGGAAAAAACUAAGCAACUUCUUACGCAAGGUGCAAAUCAAUGGAUUUAUGAACUUUUUGAGCUUUGACAUCAGUGGCCAUCCCUCUCAAGCCAUUUAUGACGUCAUCAAUUACCAAGGCGACGAACUCAAAAAGGUUGGAAACUGGAGUUCGUUUGGAGGCUUGCAGAUGGACCAACAACCAAUCAUCUGGCCUUCAAAUACCCCGGAUUUACCACGUGAAAUUACCAACACUCUGAAGAGCAAGACCAUCAGGGUUGUGACGUUUGUGGGUUCUCCUUUCUCGAUGCUCAAAUCAAACUCUUCGUCAUCAAAGGAAGAAUUUGAAGGAGCAGCCAUUGAUAUUCUAGAUGAACUAAGCCGAAUUCUUGGAUUUUCAUACACAAUUUACUUGUCACCAGACGGUAAGGCUGGAGUAGAGAAUCCAAACACUGGGGAAUGGAACGGAGCAAUCAAAGAAGUCAUAGAAAAGAAAGCUGACUUGGCCGUUGGGCCGAUAACUAUCAAUCCCGACCGAGGAAAAGUUGUGGAUUUUACCAAACCCUUUCUGACUUCUGGUCUGGGUGCAGUCAUGGCGGUUGGUGAAUCUCCAAUAUCAUACUUCCGGUUCCUCUCUCCUUUUCAUAUUUACCUUUGGAGCGUCAUCAUCAUCUCCAUGUUUGGUAUGGCCGUCGUAAACUGGGUACUAAGUCGGUUCAGCCCUUUUGGUUACCAUGGAAGGUGUGCACAGGUGCGAAGGAAGGUCAGCAAGCAAAUCAUGGCAACCAAAGACAACCUGAGUUUCCUUAACUCUUUGUGGUGUUCGGCAGCCUACUAUCUCGGGCAGGGACCCGGUGGUUACCAUCCCGUCUCGGGAUCGGGACGGGUCUCAGUUGCAGUGUGGUGGUUCUGUAUAACAAUUCUAGGUGCGACAUACACGGCUAAUCUAGCGGCUUACCUCACAACCAGCAGACUGCAGACUCCCAUACGGAGCGUGGAGAACUUGAUUCAACAGACUUCUACUGAGUAUGGAGUUGUAAAGGAUAGUCAGACUCAAUGGUUCUUUGCGACGUCGGUAAUAGCAAGAUACCAAAUGAUGUGGGAAUUUAUGAAGUUACGUCAAUCACUACAGUCAAGCACGGCAGAAGGACUCAGGAGGGUGGAGUUGGGAAAGUUUGCCUUCAUUCAUGAUCAACCUCUGCUAUUGUACAAGUCUCGCAAAGAUCACUGUGGCAAGAUGAAGGUCUUGCAGGGAAAAUUUGGUGAGGCUCACUAUGGCUUCGCCUUACCGACAAAUUCGCCUUACACUGCCCCUCUAAGUAUUGAGAUGUUGGAACUCCGGAACAAAGGAGAAAUUUCAAGGAUAAUUGACAAGUGGAUGAUUGACAGAACACCU